UGUGCGUUCGUCGGAGCUGCACGAGCUCCCGUGUGGGAUCAUGGGUGCGGGCAACAACGCUAUGGUAACCGCCGAGCGAGGCACACCGCAGCAGGUAGCACGAACGCGAAGAAGAUGCAAACCUUUGGCUACCGCUGCUGACGGGGUCGGCUUAGGCGCGAACGGCCGCCGCCGUAGCACAAGCACGCUAGCCACGGUGUUCGUGCUGCUGGUGGCCUCACUGCGGGCCCCGACGUGCCAGGGAUUCGUGGCCCCGCUUGCCACGCGAACGGCCAUCAGAGGAGGGACGGCCAUCAGAGGAGGAACUUCUCUUGCGAGGGUGGUGGCUGACAAGGAGGCAAGAACUAAGCUCGGCAGGUUAAGGGUCCGCGGCGGGGGUUACAGUUUGGCCAUGUCGGCGGGGCUGCCCGCCGCCGUAAGCUCGAUGAUCAACCCCGUGGUGGUCAAGGCCUCCGCCAGGGCUGUGAGCGAGCUCCUGUGCUGCUGCGUGCUUGGGGUCGUGGCUGCCAAGAAGGGGAUAUUGACCCCGGUCAACGUGGCGGCUCUCUCCAAGAUCGUCUACGGCAUUUUCCUGCCCUCGUUGCUCAUGGUGAACGUGGCCAAGACUUGCGUCAGCCAGUCCGUGGCCUCCCUCCUGCCCAUCCCGGCGUUCGCGGGUAUCCAGAUAGCCCUCGGGCUGGCCAUAUCGGGGGUGGCCAUGCGCCUGCUGAGGAUAAACCCCGAUACCGAGGCGGGCCGCGAGGCGAAGAUGUGCAUGGCCUUCCAAAACAGUGGAAUUCUUCCGCUGAUUUUCCUGAACGCCAUGUUCAGGGGGAGCCCCGAGUUGCUCUCGCGCGGCGUGGCGUAUGCUAGUUUCUAUUUGAUGGGCUGGAGCCCGACCUUUUGGACGAUCGGGAAUAACAUCCUCACAGGACAUGUGCACCAAGACAAAGGAGGAGGAGGGAAGAAGAACAGCGCGGCCGAAGGCGAUGUAGCGGCGGUGCCAAAGGCGAAGCUCAGCCUUUUUAAGCGUGUGGCGAACCUUCCUUCCAAGGUUAAGAGCAUCGCUGAGAGCCCCGCCGUCCGAAGAGUCUUAAGCCCGCCAAUAGUAGCCUGCAUGACGGGACUGGUGAUAGGCCUGUCCCCUCCCCUUCGUUGGCUGCUGAUGAGGGAGGGGGCUCCGCUGGGUCCGAUGUGGUCUGCCUUCAGCAACCUGACGGCGGCGUACACUCCAUCAGGCGUUCUGGUUCUGGCGGGGAGCUUGGCGAACUGCCCCCCGGGAAAGUGGUUCUCCCGAGACACCAAGAAAACCAUCUUGGCGGUUGGCAUGGCUAGGUGGUUCUUGUUGCCGCUCGUGACCUCAGGGCUGCUGUUCGGUGGGGUUAAGUAUGGACUAGUGCCUCCAGACCCGAUGCUGCUCUUCGUGCUGCUGAUCGAGUCAUGCAUGCCUUCGGCGCAGAACUCCGUCAUCAUGCUGCAGGUGGCCGGGUUGCAAGACGAAGCUGGGAGGAACGCGAGGACCCUUUGCACCCUCUACCUCAUCUCCAUCGUGCCAGUGAGCAUCCUUCUCACCGUCUUCAUCUCCGCCCUUAAGCUUGUGUGAUAGUGUGGGGGUCACGACGAAUAGUCUAGCUUCGAUGCGACAUGGUGCCUUCAUCUCGGCAGUGAAGCUGUGUGGUACUGUUGUAGUGUCGGAUCGCGGCGUUGGUGUGGGUGUGAAUGAUGCGCAUUCCAAACAGAGGAGGAACCUGCAAUAGGUAGGCAGGUUUGGCGACACGCCUAACCUCGUUGUUUGGCUAGGAGCACACAUAUGUAGCGUACUUUUUUGUGUGUUCUGUCUCUGUUUAAGGUAUUAGGGGUUGUAGCAGAGAAGAGCAAGUCGGCUUGAAUUGCCCUUUGCACCCUACUACUAUAUAGAUAUCGCAGGUGGACCUAGAUCUGCCGUACGAAAAACGUUUUGAUGCGGCUGCCCAUGGAGAGCUCACGUGGCCUCCCCGCUUCCCCGAGGCGGUGCAUGGUUAACGUGAUCAUGGCGACGGGUAGUAGCAGCAGAUAGUGAUGGCGGUAGCAAAGGUGAAAGCUCUGCCCACACCUUUUAAGGAAGGUGUAUACUCGGAAGGUGUACACUCGGCUCAACGGUUGAGGGGUGCUACGAGCAUGUGUUGGUUCUUGAGUGCCGUAGAAUCUGGAUGUGACGAACAGACAUUAUGCUUGUUGUUUUGCCCUAAUUGGGCGUAAAGGCGCUCGACGUGCAUACCAGCAAUUUGUUGGAGUUGUGCGGCUUGCCUGAUGUAACCAAGAGAGCAAUCCUUGCCACACC